CGGUAGCGUAUUCGCCGGAACACAAUUUCUGUGACACGUCCUGGAAGCGAUAUCAACGUCAAUAACAACAUUUGAUACAACCAGGGUAAUAGAUAGUAUCGCGACAGCCGUCUUAGAGCGUUUAAAUUCCCAAUUCACAACAAUGUCUUCGGAUUUUGAAGCCUACGAACAGGAGUUUGGUACUCUCACCGCAGAUAUUACCAACAAAAUUGGAAGAGUACCUAAACUUGGUGGAGAGGACAAGACGCAGCUGGUUCUAAAUGUCGACAAACAGCUUGAGGAAGUCAGAGAGUUGUUGGAGCAGAUGGACCUGGAGGUGCGUGAGAUCCCAGUCCAGAGCAGAGCCAUGUACAACAACCGCUUGAAGAGCUACAAACAGGAGGUGGAGAAGCUGGAGAAGGACUUUAAAAGGUCACGUAUUGCCUACAGUGAUGAGGUGCGGAACGAGCUCCUGGGGGAUGAUGGGAGCUCCUCAGAGAGUCAGUUGAUAAAGUUACGUGAAGAGAGAGCACAUCUGUUGGACAACACAGAGAGGCUGGAAAGGUCAUCGCGAAGACUGGAUGCUGGCUACCAGAUAGCGGUGGAAACCGAACAAAUAGGUCAGGAGAUUCUAUCCAAUCUGAACAGUGACCGUGAGAAGAUCCAGAGAUCCAGGGACCGGUUGAGGGAGACUGAUGCGAACUUGGGCAAGAGCUCCCGUAUCCUGUCUGGCAUGCUGAGAAGGGUUAUUCAGAACCGCAUCCUGAUCUUCAUCUUGGGCGCCAUCAUCCUCCUCACCAUCGUCCUGGCCAUCUAUUUCAAUCUGCGGAACCACUGAUCUCCACUGACGGGUCCUGUGUGUGUGCACGUGUGUGUGUGUGAUUAAUAGCAACAAAAGCGCACUAGAGUAAUUAGGACAAAUUGUUCAUAUGAAUCAUUCCUUGUGGGCAGUGACAGGUGAUCUCCUCUCCACUCUAUCCACCGGAGCACGUCCAUGCCCACUCUGCCCUCUAGCCCAUUAAAAUCAUACUGCUUGGACCUUCCUGUUCAAACCUUUUGCAUGGGACCUCCAUCUGAUUGACCUCCACACACACUGUCCACAUGGCAGAAUAAUAACAGAGGAAGAAACGGGGCUUCAAUAUUACAAUCUGUUAUUUUAUUUUAAUGUUUUGUUGCUAAUAAUGUUUAUAUUCUAAUGUCAGAUUUGUGUGUGUGUGUGUGUGUGUGUGUGUGUGUGUGUGCGCACAUGCAUGUACACCUCCAGUCAGAGCGUAGUCCCCGUUCAUUUCUGGGUGUGUGACAUGUGCAGGAAGGCUUGGGCCAAGUCUCUAGUUCAGCACACAGAGCAGAAUCACACACUACACCCAGCCCAAAGGUCAGUGCCUUUAGCAGCAAACACACACACGCCUCUCCCACUCACGCUUCAUCCAGGAUUAGCAGCUUCUCACGCUGUUCCUCUAAGGUCAGUAAAGGCCUUGUGUGUGUUCAGGCAACCCAGCAGGACCACUUUUAAACCUCUGGCCACCCAUAGCUUUAGUAAUAACUUACGGCAUAAGUAUUUGUUAACACACUCGCACAUUAUAAUAUCUGUGUUUAAUUUAAAUUGAUGAUUAUUGUGGUGAGAUAUUUUCCUCCUUUCAGUAAAUCUGAAACUUUUUAUUGCUCAUUGUAUACUGUCUAUUUCUGUAUAAUGCAAAAAUGUGUGUAUACUGUAUAAGGCUCAGAAAUGAGAUGUGUGUGUUUUGAAGGCUGUUUAUUUAUCUCUGAUGGCUUCUUUUUAAAACUAUCGAAUGAAUCAAUUUUAGGAAGUUUCUUUAACUUUUCAUCUGUAGUGUUUUUUUUUGUGUGUUUUUUUUCUUCCUUUUUAGGACCAACUUCCUGUAAAUGAUAUUAUUGUAUUUGAUCGAUUACAUGUGUACGUGCUGAUGUUUUACAGUGUCCGAUAUAGUCAUGGUACAGACUCCGAAAUCACCAGUGCUUUAGAGUUCUGCAGCUCAAAUAUACUGCGUGAACAUUUAAAAGACACACACACAGCACACCUAUUGAUACUGUGUUUAUUAUUCCCACUGCAUGUGACUGAUAUUCUCUCUCACUCACACACACACACACACACACACACACACUUUUUCUCCUCCUCUGGCUGAGGGCCUGAUGGACAGACAGACAGACAGAGGGCAUUUGGUAUUCUGUUUCAGGCCGGGUAGAUUGUCUUAUUUUGGAAGCAGCAUGGUGGGGGGCUUUCUCUGCCUCUGCUUCACAGCUCGGGCUUCAAAGCACCAAAUUAAUGGCCAACAAAAUAGUGUGUCUCUGUCCGUCCCAUGUGGGGCCAACCCGUCGAGAGUUAUCAUUAAGUUCAGGAAUAAAUGAACAAAAAAGGAGAGAGGAGGAAGAGGGAGGAUGAGGAGGGGCAGAAUCCUGCCUGUUUGACAAACCUCAUAAGAUAAUGACCUCAGUGAUUGAGUUUUUCACCAACACGCCUAGACAAGACCGAGUGUCUGCGUGUCUUAUGUGUGUGUUUUGUCCUCUCUGCUCUUUUAGAAAUGUGUGAGUGUGAGCACUGGAUCUGUGUGUGUUGAAUGCUGGGAGUAUAUUUUGCUUGUUAUGAUUUUGUGUGUGUGUGUGCGUGUGUGUGUGUGUGUGCGCGUACACGUGUGCAUGCACAUUUCGCUGACUGAGACUCUCUCUCUCUCUCUCUCUCUCGGCCUGUCAGAUCCUCUCAGUAGUGAGUGGCUGGUGGAAGGCAGCGUGGCUGCGGCUCUAUUUGAAGUUGUAAUGGUGUCAAAAAGUCAGGGCUGACUGACAGCCGUCAGUCCCACUGGGGCUCAUUAAAUCAUAACAACUUGACAAGGAAAUAAUUGAGCACUGAUGACAAGUUGAGGCCCGUUUAGAUGUUUUUAUUUUCUUUCAUUAUGCCUUCUGACUAUUAUGUUCAUUAAGAAAUUGCAUUAAACGACUCUUAGGGGGCUAAUGAUUUGUUUAUAUCCCCCUUUUUAUUAUUUAAACAGUAGCCGUGUCUUCUGAUACCUCGGCAGGCUGCUGCUGCUAUCAUCUGCUGCUUCUCUUUUUCUCUACAGACCUUUUCCUCUACAUCUCUUUUGUCUGUCUCCUUUUCUUUUCCCUCUCCUCAUUCUUUUCUCCUUCGUUCCCUCCGCCCUUCUCCCCAUUAUAUUAUUCUUUUCGUCACCCUCUACUUCUCUUCCUUCCCUUUCUAUUUCUUUCCUCCUUCUCUUUCUCUCCGUUACUUCUUCUCCUCCAAACCCCAUCCCCUUUUUCACUUGUCUCCUCUCUUUCUCCUCCUCAUUGUCCUCUCUUCUUCUCCUCUACACAUUCUCCUCCCUCCUCUCCCACUGUCUUUCUCCUCCUCGUUCACUCUUCUUCCUCUCUCCUCCACGUUCUCCUUUCCAUUCCUUUUCUCUCUCUCCACCUCAUUCUUCUCCCAUCUAUCUUUCUAUUACUCCCUAUCUAUCUCUCCUCCACAUCCUCCUCUCCUUUUUUCUCUGUCCACCUCAUUCGUCUCUUAUCUCGCUCUUUCUUUCUCUCACUCUCUCCCUUCUCCACAUUCUCCUGUCACCACUACUUCUCUCAUCUUCAUUUUCCUCUCCCUCUGUUUAUCUCUCCUCCUCGUUUUCCUCUCCUAUCUCUCUCCCUCCCAUUUCCCCCUCCCCUUCUUCCCUCACUCUCUCCUCCUUUUUCUCGUCCAUAUCUUCCCUCCUCUCUCGUCACUGUAAGCAACUUGGUCUCGCUCCUCUUUUGCUCCUUCCCACCCCUCUGUCUCUCCUCUGGCAGCAUGACCUAUGGAAUAGUCAUUACCCUCUGAUAGGCUGUGUCUGAUUCCAGGGGACACUGUAGCAGUAAGUGUGCUCACACUUUAACAUAUCAUUCAGACUGAUGUUCACAUCAUAGUGUAUUUACCCUAGCAGGCCCUCAGCCAGCUGACAGAGGAAGAGUGAUUAAUUGCAGUCCUCAUGUUCCUCUAACUCUGAUAAUAAACCUACAGUGUAACAGAACUCAUAACACAUUUUUAGGAUUUAAAGCACCAUCUCUCACACACUGUGUGUGUGUGUGAGAGAGAGAGAGCAUACACAAUGGGAGGUCCAUGUUUCAUCAUGUAAAGGUUCUCUCAUGAGAAAUGACCAUCUCCUUUAUCCACAGUGAUAUGGCUUCAAUAGUAAAGAAUUAAGUUGUGUGUGUGAGCGUCUGUGUCUUCUCAUGUUACACAGUGAGACAAAGUAGACCAUCGCUGGUUAAUUUCCUGUCCAAACCCCUGUGUGUAUGUGUAAGUCGUUCAUGUGUACGUCACACUAUCCUAACACUGAACUGAAUGACACGAACCUGAAAUGAUGUCCACCAGUGUUCUUCUUUUCUGCUUUGUCCCCUUUUUAUAUAUUAAAUGCCCACGAAUUGGACACGGAUGUGUUUGCUGUGAUCAUAUGCCCAGUGCAAUAUUUGUGUCAGUCUGAGAGUGCGUAGCAUCUGUCCGCAGACGUCCUAUCGAUGAGAUCUAUCUUUCUCGAUUAGCGUGACUACUGUUCCUAUUCUUCCUUUUUUGCUUUCAUUUGUCAGUGAUUUUUAUCGAUUGUGAUCUCUGUGGAUGUGCAGAGUGCUUGUCUAGUUGUACCACUGUCAUUAAAGCAGUAUUGCAUUUCAACACUA